AUGGCAUCGAAUAACGAAGCGUCAAGUUCUCCGACCAACGAGACCGACAAUCGUACAUCUACCAACUCUCUGAGCGCGGAGUCAUCUGCCCCUGCAGAACUAUCUGCUGUCGUUGAUGAGCUGCUGAACACAUUAUCAAAUAAGUUUGCGGGCGUGUCGAGCGAGAUAUUUGCGAAGAUGGACGAAAUGUCGAGACGGCUAGAUAAUUUGGAGACCCAACUGCAGAGUGGUGGGCAGAACGAUGGGAGGAGUAGCCCGACAAAGCCACAAUGA